CUGAAAACUUCCAUCGAAGAAGAGAAAGGCCGGAACAAAAAAAGGGGGCGAAAGUCAGCAACGCUUCUAACGUGUGAUUAGCGUGCAAGCUAAAAGACAACGUCAAAAAUGUUGAAAGAGUUUGUGAAGGAGCGACUCAUGGCGGCAGCUGAUGAAAUAUUUGGGCUGUUUGAAAGAACGAUAGCGUCGUACGAGGAGGAACUUUCUCGAACAAAGGAGGAGAAGGAGCGAUAUCGACAGCAACUGGAAGCUGUUGGCAAGAAUGAAAUUGUGCUGCCCAUUGACGACGUCCAGCAGCUGAUUGGUCAUCAAGAAGAACGUCAGGGGGGGAGCUCCGCUUUGAAGCAGGAGGAUUCCCAGCCCCCUGACCUUAAAGAGGAAAAGGGGGAACUCUGCAUCACUCAGGAGUCUCUCCCAGGGCUGGAGGAGGAUGCACUCACCAAGUUGCCACCAGUCGGUGUCUCUGUGAAGACCGAAGACCAUGAAGACAAACCACCUGAGUCCUCACAGCUUCAUCACAGCUCAGGUGAGGAGAACAGAGGGCCAGAGCCUUCAAGCAGCAGCUCUCCACAGCGCACGACAGCAGAAGCCGGUGGAGACUACUGUGGAGGAUCGCAAGCAGACAACCUCCUAGCUCCACUGUCAGAUUGUGAGGCUGAAGACGGGGACGACACCAAAGAAUUUUUGAGCAGCACUACAGACUGUGAAGUUGAUAUGAGGGCUCACACUGACGGCAAAGGAAACAAAGAACGACAGGAGAGAAACCCUUUAGCUGCUCAGUUUGCAGGAAAACAUUUUAUCGGAGCGAUAUCAUGACCCAGCACAAGCAAACGCACACAGGUGAGCAACCUUUUUGUUGUCCAGUUUGUGGUAAACGAUUCUCUCGGAAGGUGAACAUGGUGGCACCCAUGAGAACGCACACCGGAGAAAAAACGUUUAGCUGCUCAGUUUGCGCUAAGAGUUUUGCUCAAAAGGCCAAUAUGAUGUCACAUAUGAAAACACACACGAGAGGGAGAACCAAAAAGUCUUUAUAGUAUCGUUUAUUUCGAACAUGCAUUCGCUUUGGCAGCUCUUUGGCCGGCGUUUAUCUGUUUUUCGCCUGUGUUCAAAAUAACUUGAAAAGUUCUGAGUGGAUUUGGAUGAAAUUUUCAGGAAUUGUCGGAAAUGGGAUAUGGAAGAACUGAUUACAUUUGGGGGUGAUCCAGAUCACCGUCUGGAUCCAGGAAUUUUUUUAAGGAUUCUUUAACAUAGCGACAUAGGGCCAUUUUCGGCAUUUGUGCACAUAACCUUCACAAACAACAGUCAGGGCCACGUUGUUCAAAACUCGGUUAGUGUUUUAACCAUUGGUUAAGCACACUUAACCGACCGUUAACCUUAACGGCUCCGUUAUCUUGUUGUCCAAAAAACAGGGCUAACUUUAACCGGCUGUUAACGUGACGUUGAAGUGAACCGACCCUAAGGACCACCGCUAACUUUUAAACAGGUGGUUGACUCUCAAGACGGGGUUGCCGGCUGACGCUGCCUUCAUGACGCCGUGCUGGCAUGUCUCCUUACGUGCACUGCAGCUUUUCAGCACGUGACAAAUGAUUUAUAUUUGCGCGACAGAAAAAACAUGCUUCGAUUUGAAAGGAAACUAUUCUAUUGAACUGUGGGAAGCUUGCAAAUUCUAUCUUAGUCAUCGAGCUUCGUCAAAUUUUGAACGCUGUAUUCUGUACACUUGUGUAUAACAAAAAAAACAUACAUUUGAUAAAUAUUGCUCAUGUGUCGUUUCUACAUAAAUAGUUAUUAUACGUAUUAUCAUCUUGGCACCAAUAUUAAGUUGAACCCUAGGACAUUUACUUUGAAGGCGAGCCGACUUUCUGUACUUUUCCAAACUAGAACAGCUUGUGCUGAGCAAAAUAUUUUUCACCAAAAAUUUUUUUAUUGAAUUGUGUCGUUCAUGAAUUGCUCGCUUGUUUUAAUUCGUAAAACGUUUAGCUUCAUUUGUUGCAGAAUACGAUUUGAACAUAAUUAAGUCUGGGCUCUUACUUUGAAAGCUGGUUAAGUGGUUCCGGUAUCCGGCGCAGGGCCCGAGGUUCAUUUUGCUGGUAAGCUGGAAACUAUGUUAAACAUUGCUUACUUUAAUAUUCUUAUAAUUAAUAUUUUACUUUAAUUUCUUUUUCUAAUUUGCUAAAUCGUUUCACGAUCAUUUUUUCUCUAAACCGGAAGUCAACAAAAUGAGGAAUUGUGGGAUGUAUUGCCGCUGGCCAGUAACGUCAACCACACUGUUAACUUUGACGGUGCCGUUAACUAACGACAUGACUAACCAUGUUUUGAACAACGCAUGUUUACCGGCCGGUUAAAGAAUUUAACCGAUGGUUAAGGGUUUACCGGUGGUUAAACUAACAGAGUUUCGCACAACUCGGCCCAGAGCACUUGGGGACAUUUAGCCUUCUUGGUACAUUAUGCUAUCAUGCUAUGUGUUAGCAUGCUAAUGUUAGCCUGUUAGCAUUGCUUGCAUGUUAAUUUUAGCAUACUAUCAUUUUUUGCUAUUUUCUUGGGUUGACACAUUUAUAAACAGCAUUAUCAUGCUAGGUGUUAGCAUGUUAACAUUAGCACAGUAGCAUUUUUAGUCAUUUUCAUAGGUAGCUAUUAUGCUAAGUGUUAGCAUGCUAACAUGAGAAUACUAGCAUUCUAACAUAAUUAUGCUCACAUCUUUAUGUUAGCAUGCUAACAUAAUUAUAUUAACAUUUUUAGCAUUUUCAGAGGUAGGCGCUUAGACAAACACUUAAGACUAUAUUAUGUUAGGUGUUAGCAUUCUUUUAAGUCAUUCAAACACUGCCAUGGUAUGUUUUCAUGGUCAAGGAAUCAAAAUAUGUAGAUAAAAUAAAUGUAGGACUAAUAUUUAUGGUGUAAAUCUCAAUAUGGGGGCGGGACUAUGCGGCUUGCCGGACGUCUGCGUUCUCAGUGCUUUUCCAGUUAUGUUCUGCGUUGUUUUUGUUUUUUUAAGGCGAAUGGUAAAUUUGCAAAAAUGACAUUAAAGUUAAUGGCGCAACACAUGACAAACUAGCUCUCGCAGUUCAGCCUCAUUUCCGGAAGUGACAUUGUCUGAGUACUAUCGCUCAGCUACACAAACAUGCAUGGCGGUGUACGAGACAGAGGAUGUUUACAGUGAUUAUAGCGGAGAUCUGAGUGAUGUGCCAAUAGUUUUUGAGGAAGAAGAAACCUUUUUAAAUGAAAUGGAGAACUUGCAGAACAUGGAUUAAGCCUUAAGACAUGGAGGUGAAGAUUGGUCGCCUUCAAAACACAGAAUGGUAAGCGUAAAUUACUCUGGAGUUUGAUUGUAUAUGCGUUCGCCCCCGCCGCUCCUACCCCCACAGCAAACAUAUGGCUGUGAAAAAAUGUUUAUGUAACAUGUUUAAUGCUUUGCAGCCUUGUUGCUAUCGUGGAAUAGUGUUUAGAAGACUUUAGCAAACAAGACAUGACUUAUGCACUUGUACCAACUUUGAUGUAGUGCUCUUUCUUUGUUGUUUUGAUAUUUGUUCCUGUGUAGCGGUGGAAUAGCAUCCUUUCUCAAAAUGCGUAUACACCGUACUUUCAAGACAAAUCUGUCUUAUAAAGGUGUUCCUUCAAAGCUGUCAUCAGUGAAACGAUCACAGCAUAGAACAGAACUCAAGGUGGGUGUCCAUCUGUCUCUCGUUCUCUGCACUUGGUUAGUCCAUUGUUGUCUUAAACCUUCCUCUUUUGGAAAAGGAAACAUACUUACAGUAUCACUCGGAUGCUAUGAAUAUCCAGCAGCAACACAAUCUUUUGGCAUGACUACUAUUUUGAUAGAAAGUGUACUGAAACAAGUCGGCCAUCUACCUCAAGAGGCGUUUGUAUACACUGCAUUAGCUGCGACGUGUCACCCCGAUGACGCCACUUCCGGAAAUGAGGCUGAACAGCGAGAGCUAGCUGGGCGCCAUCAGUUAUAAAUGUCAUUUUUGAGAAUUUACUGUUCGCUUUUCAAAAAUGAAACAAUGUACAACAUGAUUACAAGCAGUACAUAACAUUCAUAUUUAAUGGCACAAGCUUCUGCCUUUAAUGGCUUGAUUCCCUGCCAGGAUUGCGUCAGGAAGGGCAAAAGCUAAAUCAAAAGCAUUCAUACCAUUUGACUUGCUGUGGUGACCCCUGGGGAAUAAAGGGAAAAGCCAAAAAGUGAGGUUGAAAAGCGCGCAUGCAGACACGCGAUGGAAAAUAGAGGUUGUCCUGUUCAGAUUGUGUUUAAAAAAAACUUUACAUACUCUUUAUACUACAGUAUAUACAGUAUACUCUACUUUACGACCAGUAGGCGCUCACAGCAUCGGCAAUCUGUGGCCUCUCAGUUGAGAUGGCUCAACCGAGAUAAGAGGGCACCAACAGAGGAUCUUCCUAAACUGUCAACAAGACUUUGCAGACACUGGAGGAUCACGUGACAAGAUGCGAGGGAGGGGACCAGGAAGGAUAAGACUAAACUAAAUGGUCCUUUUGAUUUAGAUUUUUGCCGUUACUUUCAUUCAACUGCAUACGCCGCCAUCUUUUUUGCUGCACUGAAUGCAUCAUCACUGAACAAGAAGUUUCAUGUCCUGAGAGAAUUUUCAAUUUGCGACAAUAACUGUAAAAAGGCUCAUUUUUGCCUAUGGAAUUUUAUGUUUAAAGAUGGUUCAUGGUUUUAAUUCAUCUUGAACAUGCAUACAAGUCAAACAGUUGCACAUCACACAAUACAGUUCACAGUUUUGCAUGUCCAAAAAGGAGUAGGAAGAAGCAAAGCUUAUUUAAUCCUACCCCUCAUCAGUUUCACAUCAGUUGCAAUACAUUUAUUCACCUCUUGUUCUUCCAAGUGUACUUUGUAGGUCUACAUGACAAUGUAGUGCAAUCAUAGCCAAGGUUUUUACUUACUAAAAGGAAGCUAGAGGCAUAAUAAUAACUGAUAGAAUGGUUGAAAGAGUGUUUGAUUGAUGAUGAAUGAGUACAGACCAUGUACUCUCCACAAUGAAGAGUUAGUAGUCAGUAUAGUAGUGGUUAGAUAUACUGUAGUAUUGUAUGUACACAGUGGUUCAGGUCUCUUCUUCUUUGUAUUUUGUGAACAUCAACUGCUUGUACUUUUUCUUCAAAUGGCUCAUUGUUGUGCUUUGUUUGAGUUCCUCACUCAAUCCAUUCCACAACUUGAUUCCACAUCCAGAAAUGCUGAAAGUUUUCAGUGUUGUCCGUGCAUAUAGGUGUUUUAGGUUCCAUUUUCCUUUCAGAUCAUAUUUCUCCUCUCUUGUUGAUAAGAAUUGUUUUACAUUUUUGGGUAGAAGGUUAUUGUUUGCUUUAUGCAUCAUUUUAGCCGUCUGAAGGUUUACUAGAUCCGCAAAUUUUAAUAAUUGUGAUUUUAUAAAUAAAGAAUUUGUGUGUUCUCUGUAAGCAGCAUUAUGGAUGAUCCUGAGUGACCUUUUUUGCAGCACAGUUAGUGGCUGAAGUGCACUUUUGUAGUUAUUACCCAUAACUCCACACAAUAAGUUAGAUAUGCUGAUAUCAGUGAGCAGUAGAGCGCAUGUAGUGCUUUUUGGUCAAGGACAAAUUUAGCUUUAUUCAGUAUUGAGGUGUUUCUUGCCACUUUAUGUUUUACAUUUUUAAUGUGAGAUUUCCAGUUCAUCUUCUCAUCUAUUAUAACCCUGAGAAAUUUAUUUUGGUUCGCCCUGUCAAUGUCUACACCAUCAAUUUGUAUUUGCUGGUACGUUUCCUUUUUACACUUACCAAAUAGCAUUACUUUAGUUUUACUGAGGUUCAGUGAUAGUCUGUUUUUAUCAAACCAUCUUUUUAGUAGAUUUAGUUCAUCUGUGAUUUGUUGUACUAGCUCUGGUGUGCUGUCUCCAGAACAUAAUGCGAUUGUAUCGUCUGCAAAUAAUACUAGCUUUAGGUCUCUUGGGACUUUACAGAUGUCCUUUAUAUAUAGAUUGAAUAGUUUUGGUCCUAGGAUUGACCCCUGGGGAACGCCGCAUGAUAUGUUUAACUCCUCAGACGUAUGUUCUCCUAGCUUCACAUGUUGCCUCCUGUCAGCUAAGUAGCUUUUAACCCAGUUCAAGACUAACCCUCUGAUUCCAUACCUUUCUAGUUUAGUGAUUAGAAUAUCAUGAUUCAUUGUGUCAAAGGCUUUUGUUAAAUACAUAAAUACUGCAGCCGUGCACUUUCUGUGAUCUAUAGCGUUGGUGAUUUCCUCUGUAAUUUCUAUCAGUGCCAUGGAAGUUGAAAUGUUGCUUCUGUAUCCGUAUUGACUCUCCGUGAGUAACUCAUUUUUGUUUAUAAAAUUGUCCAACCUGUUAUUAGUUUUUCAAUGAUUUUGGAAAAUUGUGGCAGUAAGGACACUGGUUGGUAAUUUAUCAAUUGAUGUUUGUUUCCAUUUUUAAAGAUUGGAACUACUUUAGCUAUUUCAUUUUAUUUGGGAAUUGACCUGUCUGGAAUGAUAGGUUGCUAAGGUACGUUAGCGGUUGUACAAUCUCAUUUAUAACCCUUUUUAUCCUUUCCAUUUCUAUUGCGUUGCAAUCGGUUGAUGUUUUCGCUUUGAAUUUAUUGACAAUAUCUAUGAUUUCCUUUUGUGUGACGUUAGUGAGGAACAUGGAAUUGGGAUUCUUGUCUAUGAUCUCAUUUCUUUCUUCUACUGGGGGUCAUUUGGGAUCUUUGUUUCCAAAUCUGGUCCAAUAUUUACGAAGUAAUUGUUGAACUUUUCAACUACCUGAUUCAUAUUAUCAUAUUUAUCAUUUCCAUCUAUAAAAUAAAGAGGGUAGUCUUUCUUAGCACCGUUCCGUAUAAUACUGUUUAGAAUGCCCCAUGUUGCUCUAGUGUUGUUUUUAUUCUUGAUUAAUAAUUGACUAUAAUAUUCUUUCCUACACACUCUCAGGAUGUUUGCAAACUUAUUUUUGUAUGUUUUAUAUAUUUUUUCUGCUUCUUUAGUGUUUUGAAUGAUAAAUCUCCUAUAUCGUGUAUUUUUCUUCUUACAGGCGUUUAGUAGUCCCUUGGUCAUCCAUGGCUGAUUUCUCUUCCUUUGCUUAUUAGAUACUUCUCUCAGUGGACAAUGUCUGUUAUAGCACUUCAUGUAAACAUUAAGAAAGUUUUUAUACGCCUCGUUCACAUCAUUCUCACUAUACACGCACUCCCGUCUUUGUUUUUCCAAAUCUUUCCUAAAAGCGCUGAUACUUUCCUCUGGAUGUGAUCUUCUGAAUGUCCUGAUAUCGUCCUUCUUUCUCUUUUUAUAGUUUUCAUUGUAAAUGGUAAACACCGGAAGAUGGUCAGUAAUAUCAUUAAUUAACAGUCCACUUGUCGUGUUGUCGUCGAUAUCAUUGGUAAAUAUGUUGUCAAUUCAUGUUGCGCUGUGAUCUGUAAUUCUGCUUGGCCUGGUGAUUUUUGGAUAAAGACUUAAACUGUUCAUUGUAUCUAUAAAGUUAUCUAUUCUGUUUUGGUUAUUUGAAUUUAGAAGGUCAAUAUUGAAAUCUCCACAUACAAAGAUUAUUUUUUGGCUAGUGUCUGAAUGUUGCUUUGAUCCAAUCCUCUAAUAUUUCAAUGCUAGACUUAGGUGUUCUGUAUGUACAACUUAUUAGUACAUUUUUACUUUUCUCUUUACUGAUUUCAAUAAUAAUGCAUUCUAGAAUGUUAUCAAUAGCAAUUGACAUGUUCUUUACUACUUUAUAAUUCAGAUUUGUAUCCACAUACACAGCCACUCCUCCUCCACUUUUGUGGAGGAGGAGAUGGACUUCAGAUAAUAUCAAGUGUAGACAUUUAUUUCUUCAAUCUUUUCUUUUAAACCACAAAUGGUAAGAGCGGCUAGCCCGGGAGGGGGGUGUUCGGAGUGCGUCCCGGGGCCCCAUUUGUGGCCCUUGGCUGUUUUUUUUUUGUUCUUUUUCUUUCUUUUUUUUUUUUUUUUAUUGACCCGCAUCACAUUCUAAAAAAAUAUAUAAUUUCACGAGAAAACAGAAAACAAAUCAAUUUCACAAGAAUAAAGUCAAAAUAUUAAGUCAUAAUUUUACGAAAAUAAAGUAAUAUGAGAAAAAAAAAAGUAACGCCGUUCUGGUAGCAUCCAUCCAUUUUUGAUGCCGUAAUUUUACAUACAUUAACAUAUUAGGAGAAAAAAAAAAAGUAAAAAAUGACAAGAAAAGCAUUUACAAGAAGAACGUAGUUGGAAAAGCUGUAAUUUGACGAGAAUAAAGUUCAAAUCUUCAGACAAAAAAGUGGCAAUUUUACAAGAAUAAAUUCAUACAAUAUUGGGAGGAAAAAUAAUGUCAUUUUAGGAGCACAAAGUUGAAAUAUUAGAGAUGAUUUUCAAAAGUCAUAAUAUGGAAAAACAAAAUGAGUCAAUUUGUACGUUUUGGAAAAUUAGGUUGCUGGAAAAGUUAGAAUGUUACAAGAAUAAAUUCAGAAUUACGAGAAAAAACAAAGUUGAAAUAUUUGGAAUAAAAAAAACAUCUGGAAAAAAGUCAAAAUAUUAAGGGAAAAAAGUCAAUAUUUAUGAGAUUGUGACAAAAAAAUUUCAUUUUAGGAGCAUAAAGUUAAAAUAUUAAAGAUUAUUUUUUAAAAGUCAUAUGAAAAGCGAAGAUUUGUAAAUGUGGGGAAAUUACGUUGCGGAAAAAGUUCUAGAGUUCCGAGAAUAAAGUGAAAAUAUGGGAAUAUAUCACAAGUUGAAGUAGUUGGAAUAAAACUGCUCUCAUUUCACAUGAUCAAAGUCAAAAUAUUACAAGACGAAGUAUUCUUAUGAGAAUUUUUUUUUUUUUUCAAUUUUACAAGAAUGAACUCGUGAUGUGAUGAAAAAUAAUGUACUGUAAUUUUAGCGGCAUAGACUGACAUCCCUCGUUUAUGGCGGUUAAUUGGUGCCAGACCCGACCGCGAUGAGUGAAUUUCCGUGAUUCAAUAUCGAUAUUUUAAUAUUUUCAUGAUUAGAGCAUAGAAAACCUGUUUAUUGACUUUCUAAAUGCAGGUAGAGCCCCCUAGACGUGAAAUACCACCCCUAUAGUCACCUUUACACUCCUAUUAUUCUUUGUUUAUGUCACAUUGCGCAGGCUACAGGAUCACUGCGGUGACAUAACACACAGCCAGCGAGCUGCUGUAACUCGUUAGCCUCUCCAAUUGACUUGUUCUAAAGUUAAAGUGUUUCAAACGGAGUGGGGAAGAAAGGCAAAGAAGCCAAAAAUGUACCACUUCCACACAAAAUGAGAGGAUAAGAUGUUUUUUCCACUCAAGCUCAGCCAUGACAUGUUGUGAUGCAGUUUUUUCAUGAAACAUCUAUAACUUGUUAGCAUAUGUAUUCUACAUGAGUUGCUUUACAAAAUAUCAAAGUGGCAAAGUUGCAUCCUUUCAUCCCUCGCUGGCAAGACGAGAGACGCUAGCUAGCUGUGCUAACCGUGCUAGCCGGGAGUGGUGUGCUUAUAUUUUUGGGUUGGAAAAAGUUGUUCUAGUUUGGAGCUGAAAGGGGACAGCGUCUUUGGUCUCACAAAACAGAAAGAUUCUUGAAGAAGCGCACAAGAUUGGGACUUCUUUGCAGUUCUGUAUUCCUCAGUAAGUCUUCAAUGCCGCCGCAAGAUGGCAGCGGUGUUACCACUGAACUCUACAGUGGUAUGAAAAAGUAUCUGAACCUUUUGGGAUUUCUCACAUUUCUGCAUAAAAUCACCAUCAAAUGUGAUGUG